UCCAAUAUGGCGGUAAACGGUGUAUGAUAGGUGUAUAAUGUUUUGAAUCGAAAACGAGAAAUAAAAACCUCAAAAAAACAAUCGAAACCCAACAAUUAUAUGCAAUGGAUGGUGUUACCGCGUUUAUCUCGCAUUGAGGAGACACCCAAGUGUAGUGUCAACGCGAAUUUGUGUGAACUCCAAUGUUAUUUUUGUGAGAAUUUUUCUUGUGUUAUAUUUUCGCUACCUAAUGCUAAUGUGCUCGGCGGUGAUAUGUGGUGGCAGAACUGGUAGAUUUCGCGAGAGAUAUGUCUACCAAUGAUAAAGUUACAUGUUCGGGAGUGAGUGAAAAUACUGGAGUUUCAGCAGACAGUGUGGCUUGCAGUGAUGUGAAGGAGAAAAAAUGUAACAGAAAAGUCAGUUUUCCACUCGACGAUGAGAUAGUUACCCAGUACUUCGAGCCCUCAAACCCUUGGCAAGAUGUGCCGUCGACGACGCGUGCGCAGCUGGCGGCCGAGUACCUCGAGGCGUGCAGGUGUCACAACACGCCGGCCAUCGAGUCAGUGCUGCAACAGAUACGGGAGUUACCAGAGAACACAAUCGGUGGUAGCAUGCGAGCGCCCCGGCUCGCUCUAUCAGACUGCUCGUUGCUUGGUACCGCGCCGGCGGACGCUCUCGAAGCUUUACUCCGGAAGGUGCAGUUCCGAAGACUGGAGCUGGACCAUGCUGAGAUUGAUGACGAGGGAGCGGAGGCGUUAUUCGACAUGGUGGAAUACUAUGAGAGUACAACAGUGUUGUGCUUGAUUGGUCCUCGACAGUUUGGCAUUAGAGGAUGGCAGGCUGCUUCUAGAAUGAUCAAAAAGAGUGCAGAGUUGUCAGAAAUAGAGAUAUCAGAGAGUCCUUUAGAAGCUAAUCACGCACCGGUACUAGCAAGAUCUCUACGUCCAGCUUCUUGCCGAUUACGAUCUGUAUGCUUGCAGAGAGCAGCACUCGCGGGAGACCCUUUGCUAUGUUUAGUGAUAGCCCUAAAGACAAACAACUCGGUUCGGGAGUUACGAUUGGGCGACAACAGACUGUCAGCAUCGGACGCGGCGCAGAUAGCCAAUCUGCUGCGAUACAACACACAUUUGCAGCUAUUAGACUUGUCCAAUAAUCAGAUACAGGAUGCAGGUGUGGAUAACAUAGCAGAGGCGUUGGUGGCGCAAUCUGCACACUCGCCCCCCUCUCCGCACCAAUGUCCACUGGGUGGUUACGAGUCCAGAGGAUUGGCGUUCCUGGUACUAUGGAACAAUCAACUGACGAGAAAUUGUGCAGGGCAUCUGGCUAAAAUUCUGAGAGCAUCACAAUCCCUGUGCGUGCUGAACGUAGGGCGAAAUGCCCUAGGAUCGGACGUGGUUAGGGCGUUACAGACGGACAGAAUCGGGGGCGGGCCACUAGUGUCGUUAGGCCUCCAAGCGGCCAGGCUGGGGCCGGAUGCUGCGCGGGCCAUUGCUGAUCUUAUCCGAAACGAUACUAAACUACAGAGAUUAGAUCUCCGGGACAACAAACUGGGCGCGGCGGGCCUGCAAGCAAUACUCAAUGCCAUGAAAGAGAACACUACCUUGACGCAGAUCGAUUUAGACGAUCCAGCUGAAACAACGACGUCAGUGGGCGUCCAGAGUUGCACAGAGUCGGCGACAGUCGCGCGACUGUUGCGCGACAUCCGCGCGCUCUGUCGUCGCAACGAGCCUGCCGCGCCCGCGCCUCCAGACAGACUGUUGAGGAAGAUCAGUCUCACUUGUCAUACCGCGCCAGCCCCCAAGCAGCAAAGUUUGCCAGCGGAGGAGGAGCGCAAAGUGCGUCUGCGCUCCCCGGCCCCCUCCCCCGCGCCCUCCCCCGCCGGCUCCCCCGUGCCCGCGGGACAAGGACACUCGCGGUUCUCGGUAAUACCGGUGACCUCAGACCGAGCCUCGGUGUCAACGGACAGCACAAACACACAAGCCCCCAGGUCGACGCAUAGCCCCACCGCAUCUAGGUUUAAAGUUGUACAGGUUGCAGACCCGCCCCAAAUACAAGUGCAGCAUACCCCAAGAAAAACGCGUUUCUCUGUAACGAGAAACUACGAUACAACGUACAACCCCACACUACCCCCCACCACGCCAUCGCCGUCCCCCUCCCCGUCACCGUCAUCAUCACCCGCCCCAGAGAUCAACCUAGAUUACAACCCAGAUAAUCUUAACACAGACAAAAGCUCAAAUGUCCAUGAAAACAAACCUAUAUUUGACUAUACAAGAGAUACCAACAAUGCACACACACUAGAAACAGAUAAAGGUUCAAAUAUAACUCAAAAUGAACCUAUAUUUGAUUACACAACAGAUAACAAUAAGAAUAAUGCAAAACAAGAGGAAGAAAUAAGUAUAGACCUGAAGUCUAUGCUUAUCACAGAUGCUAAAUCUAUAGUUAAAACAGAACAAAGUAAAAAUGACAUCAAACAAGGUGAUCUAAACAAGAACGAUACAAAACAAAUGAAAAAUGAUAUAAAAAAUGUCACAGUUUCAAUGAAAGAUGGUAAAAGUUGUGAACAAAUUAUCAAGACUGAAAUUAAAAACGAUAAUAUUGUCAAAAAACUAGAUAAUACUGCUAAAGCUAAAGAUAGUAACAUUAUGCAACAUGAUUCGAACAUUGAGACUAAGGAUAAUAGUGACAUUAAACUGGAUACAGUUACAAAAGCUAAAGUCAUUCAAGAUGGUAGAGUUACUAAAGAAGAAAUUACUAAAAAUCCUAAAGUUAGGCAUGAUGAAUUUAAUACAGAUACAACUGUGAAACCUAAGUUUGUAGAGGAAUCUGAACCACAAUAUGUUGUUACUAAAACAGUUUUAUUACCUAAAACGGAAAAUAGGACUGUUUUAACUCAAACAGAAGAAAUUAUGAACAUACCUGAAUUUGUAAGUGAUAUUCAACAAGAAAUCAAAAGUGAAAAUGAUACUAAAACUACUAAAGAUGAAAAUGUGUGCAAAAAGGGUAAUAAUGGCGAUGAAUGGGACAGUGGGGUUGAUAAAAAUAUUGAAACAAUAGUUAUAAGAGAGGAUUUGAAAGAUAAACCUGAAAGAAUAGCAAAAGACUUGAAAGAGAGUUCUAAGUCUGUAAAUAUGCCUGAAUCUGUGAUAAAUGAACCUAAAUUUAAUCCUGAAUUGAUAUCUAAUUUAGGUCCGGAAAUUACUCAUGUAACUGAAUUUUAUGAAAAGCCAGAAAAGCUUGCUGCUGUAUUGGGUUCAAUUUCAAAUGAAAGUGAAUCUAAAGAUGUUAUAAGUAACAUUGACGUGAAAGUGAGUGACAGUAAUAAAACUGUAAGUGUAAGUUCAUUGAACAACGAAAAAUUAAAAGCUACAACCGUCAUAGGUGAUGGUACUGACAAUUUAGAAUUAAUUAACAUAAGUAGUGACACAAACAAAUUUAGUGAAAGUGGUGAAAGUGAAAGGUUUGGUGAUAAAAUCGAAAAAAUGUCUCAUAAUGAGACCGUUGAUUACGUAGGUGAUGAUAAAAUAGUUAAGACAGAGACAAAAUUAGUUAAAAGUAGCAUAGAAGCGAGCGAGACGGACAGAGUGGAAACGGAAGUGUCCGUUACUGUUUGGAGCGAGAAUAGUUUAAAAACCAAAGUACAUCGCGACCAAAAUGUAAAUAAAUUAGUUAAGGAAGAGAAACGUGAAGUAGCGAUCAAACAAAUCGAAGCCAUAACAGAGGAUUUGGGUAACAUAAUUCAGGAAAUGCAAGAUUUGUCCACAAAAACAAUCAAAAAGACCGCUACGGAGGAUGUAAACAUAGAUAUAGGUGUAAACAAUGUACCUGCAGUUCGAGAUAGUGUAGUUUUAAAGAAAAACAGGAGCGAAUCGAGUUUGGACAGUCCGGACCUUGAGGUGUCUAGAUUGAUGAGGAAGCCUGUCAGUGCCUUCUGUGAUAGCAGCUCUUCUUUAGAAAUUUCUGGAAGCUCAGUCGAAAGUCUCAACGUAGAACGAGCGAAACCGAUCAUUAUACACGAGGAGACGCGUAUGUCUAAAGAAAGCAGCGUUGAAUCUACCAGUGAAAUUACUCCAGUGAAUUUAAAUGUAUCCAUAAGUUCGAACGAGAGUGUUUCCCCCAUUAUAUUUGGGAUCACUAAAAAAAUUCAUGGUUCCUUAUCGAGUUUGGAAGCUAGCAUGAGCUCUGUAGAUUCAGCGAGGCACGAAAAGGUUAUGGUUACGUCUGCGGAUUCUGGAAUAGAGUAUUCUCUACAGAACCCAUCAGAGAUGAGAGAGGAUAGCUCGUCGAAUGAAGGCACAUUGACAUGCAGUUCGAGUUUGAAAGAGUCAGUCAAAAAGGAGUCAAACGAAACCCUAACAUCCCCAAAAAGAACUUCAAGUCUUCUAGAUGUUCCAGCUUUAAAAUCUAAAGGGUUAGAUCGUAUGAGAAAGAUAUCUUGGGUGGCGCCAUCUGCCAGUUUUCACUUACCACGGCCCGAGGAACGAGUGGAAUAUAAGCUGCCUACAAAUUUGGAGAAAUUGCUCAGUUUAUUCCAACAUCCGAGCAGUUUGUUUUCGAGAAAUAAUAGUGACGAUGAAAAGAAAUCAACAUCUAGUACUCCACCUAGAAAAGAUUCCUCUUUGACGAGCUCAUUUUGGUCCUGGGGUAGCGUAACCGAAAAGGCAGAUAAAGACGACGCGGACAGUCUGUCUGAAGCGACAGAUUCUACGCUCUCCGAAAGAGUCCAAGUCUCGUUCGUAGACGAGUCGUUUUCUAGAAAACUCGAUAGCAAAACCCCAUCAACAGACACGGAUAACACGCUAAGCGAGUUCCAAACUUUCCCCAAUAGUGGAGAAAGUCUCCCUAACACCGGAGUAAGUAACCACAAUCGUGGGGAAAUUCUCCCUGAUAACGGGGAAAGUGCAAAAGUUACCGAACUAACCACCGAUGACAAAUUAGUACAAAAACCUUUAGCUUUAAGAGAUAAUGACGCAUGUCCGGACGAACCGGGCGCGUGUGAUAUAAUAGAUCUCAUUACACCCAACGAUUUGAAUAGAAACGUAACGCAAACGUCCGAGAAACUAGAGUCUGGGGACAGAGCGGACACGGCUGAGUGUAGCGAAACCUUAGUUAAGUUAGAAGAUGAGAAAGUGGACGUAAGGCCGCGGACUUUCGCCUCCGUACUGACGUCUUCUUCCGAGAACUCGUUAGAAAAACAAAGCAGUCCAGAAACAGGACAUCCUGUAGAUAAACUUCCCAGCAAAGUUAUACGGGGCAUCAAGGAAAACAUUAGCCCUGAAAACACUUUGACCUCGAGUAUAACAACUAAAGCGUUAGCUAUGGAGCUAGGUGAAAGGCAAACGAAGAAUAAAGCACUAGUCAACGCGGUCUGGGAAGUUACAAUGCCGUGUGCAGAGAAAAGUGAACCGAAAACCGAAGAUGUUAAGACUCAAAGUGUUUUGGCGCCGAUCGCAACCAUUGACGAAACGAGUGACGUGGCAGCUGACGAUUUGAUACAAUUGGCGUACAUCGAUGACCCAAAGGUAGAAGAAAGGGUAUUUGAUAUCGAAAAAGAUACAAAAGCGAUAGAAAAACUUGCAGUUGAUAAAGUUGAUUUAGGUAAAGACGCGUUGUCAUAUCUAAUGGAUGAGAUUCCGAAUGAAGAUUUCGAAAGAGAAACGGCGCAUUCUAUGACAGAAGUAAAAUCACCACAGGGUUCCCUCGCUCAAGAAUUAAGGGAUGCAGAAAUCAAGGAAAUGUUAGAUCUAUCCCCUGAGUUAGUUAUUGACGAUGCUGUUGAAAUCCCAGAGAUUUUCACAGUAGAAAUAAAAGGUCGUAAAAGUUCCCCCGUUAUACCGGAGCGGGCGAAGUUAAAAAAGUCCAAUUCUUUGGAGGAUUUAACCAAACGACCCGUAGAGGACAAAGAGAGUCCGAAAUUAAAGACGAUAGCCUUCAAAGUACCUGAAAGCACAACACCAAGAGAUAUACCAGAGAGACGGUCAAAAUUGAGGUCCAGAAGUGGUUCCAGUCCAAAAUCUUUACCGGAAAGCCUGAAUAAACCAUGUCCGUUAACCAAAAUGGAUUCGGUUAUAAGUAAAAAGAAGAAAAAAGCGUCUUCUUUGGGAAAAACUGCGAGGGAUUCCCUGUUGAUGUUGAAUAUGAGUGAGGAAGAGAUUGCGGAGUUUAGACGGCCGUAUAAACUUACCUCGGUAGAAAGUUUGAGGUCCUUGGAAUCGGUUUCUGAGGACGCGAACUCACAGAGUGGUACCUCAGUCGAUUCGAGGUGCAGAGCCUGUUUGAGGACAUCCCAAGAAAGCCUCAUGUCCUUAGAUUCUAUAACCGAAGAUUGCCGAUGUAUGGAGGAAUGUGAGAAAAGGCAUUCAAAUAGAUAGAAAGAUGGAAGGUGUAAUAUUAUGUGCGAUUCAUCCUCGACAUUUUUGUCGCUGCGACAUUUGUGUCGCGAAUAUUGGAAUAUUGCUUGGAUACGGGAAUGGCUGGGUUUUGAGAGGAGUUUAUUGUAUUGAGAUUGACUCUCAUUUGAAGUUCUUCUUCAAUGAAAUUUUGUAGAUAGAAAUUUUCUAGAAAUUUGAAAUUUUCUAGUAAUAUCUAUAUCUAUGGUUUUCCAGAUUUCCGUUAAAAUAUUAAGUUUCAAAGUUACA